AUGGCUUGUUUUGCAGUAAUUGUGCCAAAGAUGGUGACACCAUAUCAUCUUGGUGUGGUUGGCAUACUGAUCAUGGUUCCCUCACAGGUGAGCAAUCUCAGUUCUGAACCUUUUACAGCAUUUGCUUUCUGGGGAAAAAGGCUUGUGAAAAUAAGUGUACAAAGGAGCUUCUUAACGAAUCAAUGCCCGAGUUAUGUGGAUACUUGCAAUCAUUUUAUGCCAAGUAGAAGGCAAAUUGUGAUUAUAUUGGAUAGUCUUACCUGUGGAAUGUUUAUGAGAGAUGCUGUAGAAUUACCUUGCCCUGAUAGUGCUGCCGGCCUUUAUAUAAAAACACGAACUGGUCAAAUAGUCAAAGUGGUAUAUGGGGAAGAUCAGAUAGCAUAUCAAAUUGGUGAAACAACUGAGAUACUGUCAAGAGGUCAUGUUUGUGCAACACCGCAUUGCGUUCAGGCACCAAAGGGGGAGGAGGCUUCUGGCCUUGAACGUUCAACAUUUGCAUUAUUCAUGCAGCCUGACUGGUACGUUCAUUAG